AGUUCCAGCUGAUUGCAACAGGCAAACUACCGAGUUCCAGAUUUAUCGAACAUAUAAAAUUGAUAAGAAAACAUAAAUAUUCCAAUCUUUGGUUGCAUCGGCGUGGAAAUUGCUCUUGUCACAAUGAAAUGUGCAGUAGGCUUUUCCAUACUGGUUUUAGUGAGCAUAUUGGUCCCAUGUCAAUCUUUGCUCGAAAUCCUGGAAUAUCUCGAAAAUCAGGAGAAAUGCCAAAUUCCAGAACUGGUUUUACCGAGAAACGUGAAAUUCACGAACAAUUUCAUAUUUCAAAGAAGAUUUUUAUGUACGAUGGUCCAACAUGGCUUAAUGACUGUGAAAGGCGACUUCAAACUAGACUCUAUAAAACAAAAUCUAUAUUUGGGUCAGUCAAAUGAAGCUGAGGUGCUAAUAAAAAAAUGUACUCAUAAGUACAAAACCCCAGAAGAGACUGCUUUCUUCGCGUUGUGUUGUUUCUACAGGCAUAAUAUGUUGAAGAAACACAACAAAAAGCAGUGAAUGACGUCUAAGAUACAGUCGAAGAAACAACUAGUCCUACCAUAACAUCUAAA